GCUCCCUGGGGACUGAUGGCUGUGUUUGUCCCCACAGGGGAGGUGAACGUCACUGUGAGCACCGAGGCCCUGAGCUCCAGCGAGCCCUGUGGCAACGAGCUGCCCCUGGUGCCAGCUCAGGGCCGUGUGGACACUGUGAUAAAACCCCUGCUGGUGCAGCCUGGSGGGAUCCUGGUGGAGAAGGCUCACAGCUCCCUGCUCUGCCAGGAAGGUGCUGAAGAAGUGCUCCUGGAGAUUCCUGCAAACAUCCUGGAGGGCUCCCAGAGAGCCCACGUCACCGUGAUGGGUGACAUCCUGGGCAAUGCCCUGCAGAACUUGGACAGUCUCCUGGCUAUGCCCUAYGGCUGUGGUGAGCAGAACAUGGUUCGCUUCGCCCCCAACAUCUACAUCCAGCAAUACCUGGAGAAGAGUGGGCAGCUGCUGCCGGACAUCCGUGCCAAGGCCCAGGGCUUCCUGCAGAGUGGGUACCAGCGGGAGCUGCUCUACAAACACGACGAUGGYUCCUACAGUGCCUUCGGCAAGAGCGAUGCCAGCGGGAACACCUGGCUGACGGCGUUCGUGCUCAAGUCCUUCGGGCAGGCCCGAGCCUACGUGGCCAUCGAGGAGCGGCACAUCACAGACGCGUUGCGCUGGCUGCAGCAGCACCAGAAGGACAGCGGCUGCUUCCGCAGCGAGGGCAAACUCUUCAACAACGCCCUGCAGGGUGGUGUGUCAGACGAGCUGUCGCUCUCGGCGUACGUGACAGCAGCGAUGCUGGAGCUGGGGCUGUCUAAGGAGGAACCGGCAGUCAGCUCGGCCCUCAAGUGCCUGGAGGCUUCAGCCACAGACGAGCCCUACAGCCAAGCGCUGCUGGCCUACGUGUUCGGGCUGGCGGGGCUGCGGGAGCGGCAGCGGGAGCAGCUGCAGCGCCUGGCCCAGCACAGCGCCAGCGCAGAGGGGCAGCUCUACUGGCAGAGGAAGGGCCGGGCUGUGAAGGCCUCCGAGGCAGUCUGGGCUGCGGCCGCGCCGGCUGAGGUGGAGAUGACAGCCUAUGUCCUGCUGGCCUACCUGUCGCAGCCCUCCGUGUCCCCUGAGGACCUGGGGACAGCGUCGCGGAUUGUCCGCUGGCUCUGCAAGCAGCAGAACCCCCACGGGGGCUUCGCCUCCACACAGGACACCGUGGUGGCCCUGCAAGCCCUGGCCAAAUUCGCCACCCUGACYCACGGCAACAACGGGGACUUCACGGUGACGGUGACAUCACCCUCGGGGACAGCGCAGGACUUUGUGCUGGACAGCAGCAACCGGCUGGUGCUGCAGCGGGCGGCGCUGGCUGAGCUGCCGGGCACCUUCGGGCUGCGAGGCCGUGGGCAGGGCUGUGCCCUGGUGCAGGUGACCCUGCGCUAUAAUGUGCCCCCUCCUCCUGGCGCAAAGGUGUUGGAGCUCCGGGUGCAGACAGAGCCGCUGCCCGGCACACAGAACCCACAGUUCCUGCUGCGGCUCUGGGCACGGUACAGUGGGGAGCGUCCGGCCACCAACAUGGUUGUCAUCGAGGCCAAGCUGCCCUCGGGCUACAGCCCGGACAAGAAAUCCGUGGUGCAGCUGAAGGAGCAGAAGCUGGUGAAGAAAGUGGAGGUGCARCCUGACCAGGUGACCAUUUACCUGGAGCAGCUGAGCAAGGAUGAGGUGACCUUGUCCUUGCGAGCCCAGCAGGACUUCCCGGUGAAGAACCUGCAGCCAGCCACCGUGUCCCUGUAUGACUACUAYGAGACAGGUGACCGUGUGGACGUGGCCUACACUGCCCCUCCCAGCUCAGAAGAGAAGGAAAACAUCUGACCCCGCCUGGAGCCUGGCAGCCCAUCCCUGCUCCUGCCCCAUCGCUGCCCCAGCCAAGGACUGCGAUGGMCAAGGGKUUCUGCUCCCCCUCACCACGGCCCYGACCCUUCCUGGGGACAGGGGGUGGCCCCUAGCCCCUGCCAGCAGCCCUGGCCCCCAGCAGGGCCCCUCUGGACAGAGCUGUUCCUGUCCCCAGGAACUGCAGCCCAGAGCUCCCAGGGACACCCAGGGCUGCUGCACCCACUGGACUGGGCUGAGCGGCCUCAGCGACUGCCUGGGGACAGCCCAGGGCCACCUCCUGCCACUCCCUGUGCAGGGGCUUUGCAGUGCCACCGCUGGCCUGUCCCCUCCCCAUGGCACCUGGAGGGGACCCGCAGCUCCUCCCUCCUGCUGGGACACCCCAGGCAGGUCCCCACUACCCCUCACCCCUCCGAGAGCCACAGGGUUACCCCAGCCCCCUCCCCAGCACUGGCACAGUGCCAGUGUCACCACGAGGGCCUUGGGGACACUGCAGUCCCAGCACGGAGCUCUCAGGUGUUCCUGGAGAGGAGCAGCCCCUGCCCUGGCUCCUAAUAAAGACAUUUGGGCAAGCAC